AUGUCGCGCGCGAGAACGCAACUCAUGCUAGCAGGUCAGAGGGCCUACCACCAACAUCGCGCUAUAGAUAGGCAGCUAACGAACAUCGUUUCUGUUGCUGGGGGUCCAGAGACGAACGGCGACCGAGUGGUGGUGUACAGCUCUGGCCAGCCGGUAGCCGGCCGCGCGCAGCCGCGCACCGUGCUCGCUGUCUUCGAUGACAGGGGCAAGGGGACCGUGUACGACCACGCCGGCCAGAUACGAUUAAAGUACAGUCAAAGCGAAGGCGUCGUCGUCGACCGCACCCUUGGGCCCAACACCCAUUGGAAGUGGCAUAACCUGUGCGACUCCCGACUCCUCAAAACCGUCCUAAAAGAGAACGAACCCCUCAUCAAAGACCAGACCAUUGCUGAGUACCAAGAGGAAGACGAAAUAGACUUCGAAAGGCCGAUACCUGAUGAUGAUCAUGUCAUGAGAGGCCUUGAAGCGCAGGAGAUUAGCAAACAAAUAAAGGAAUGUAUAAAAAAUUACGCUUCGUUUCAAAUCAAAAUGAAAGCUGUUAAGAUUAACGAGCAUUUUGCACUUAAAAUCUUUCAGCAAUCUUCGAUCUUUUUAUCGUUCACCGAUGGAAAAACUCAUAUAAGAAUAAAUGUAGGGAUGGUUUUGGAUCCUAACGUCGUAGUGGGUGAGGAUUUUCAGGAUCUCAGAGAAGUGCCGGGAGUAAUGGACCAAGUGGCUCGUUCCGAGAGCGUGGAGAGACUGCAGAAAGUGGUGCAGGGGGCGAGGGCGGUCGAGCGCGCGAAUGUUCUUCGCGAAAGGAGGCUAAAUAUCACGCCGUCGUUCCUCUUUCAGAAGAAACAUUAA